CUCGCUUUCUGCUCUUGUUGGCGGUCUGCUGCCCGUGUGUCCCCUUGGCUUAAUCUUUGCCCGUGUGAGAUCUGAACCUUUUUUUCUUCUUCCCUCUCUGGCCCCCCCCUCCGUUGUUACCCUUUCUACUCCCCCCCCUAACCUCGGGCAAAGUGAGAAAAUUUCACCUUUUUCUCCGUUCCCUCUCCUCAGCUUUCCUUCUCUUCCUGGUUCCAUCACUUCCCUCACAUCUCCAUCAUAAUCCCCCGUGCCGGCCACUUGAAGGAGAUUUCGAUCUCACCUUUCGUUCAUCUCAUAUACUUUGAGAGAGCAACAACAAGUGAGAGAGAGUGUGUGUGAGAGCGUGGAAACUUCACCUCACCACCAUCACUGGCCAACCAACAAAAACAAAAACUAACACAAACCGCGAGAAAGCCACGCAUAACAAUGGCGACCCGUCAACGUACCUCGACCACCACGGUGGUCGAGAAGCCCCAGAAGAGCAAUGAGCCCGUCUUCCCUGACAUCCAGACCAUCAGGGACGCCAUCCCGGCUCACUGCUUCGAGCCCUCGCUCGUGACGUCCUUCUACUAUGUCUUCCGCGACCUCACCAUGGUCGCCGGCCUCGUCUGGGCCGCCCUCACCUACAUCCCCGCCAUCCAGGACCCCAUCUUCCGCGCCACCGCCUGGAUGGCCUACGGCUUCGUCCAGGGCCUCGUCUGCACCGGCGUCUGGAUUCUCGGCCACGAGUGCGGCCACGGCGCCUUCUCCAAGAACACAAAGAUCAACGACUGCGUCGGCUGGGUCCUCCACUCGUUCCUCAUGGUCCCCUACUUCUCCUGGAAGUUCUCCCACCACCGCCAUCACCGCUUCACCGGCCACAUGCAAAAGGACAUGGCCUUCGUCCCCGCCACCCAGCCCAAGCCCUCCCGCAAGCCCCUGUUCGGCAGCAUCGACCUCCACGAGCUCUUCGAGGACGCCCCCGUCACCCAGCUCAUCAACCUCAUCACCCACCAGCUCUUUGGCUGGCAGGCCUACCUCUUCUUCAAUGCCACCGCCGGCAAGGGUAGCCUGCAGCGCGAGGUCAACGGCCUGGGUCGCUGGCUGGGCGUCAGCCACUUCGGCCCCACCAGUGCCGUCUUCCGCCCCAAUGAGGCCAUCUUCAUCGCCAUCUCGGAUAUUGGUCUGGCCAUCACCUUCUCCGCUCUGUACAAGGCUGCCCAGGUCCUUGACGUCUCCACCGUCAUGCUCCUCUACGCCGUUCCGUACUUCUGGGUCCACCACUGGCUCGUUGCCAUCACCUACCUGCAUCACAACCACCCCGAGGUCCCUCACUACAACGAGGAAGGCUGGACCUUUGUCAAGGGUGCCCUUGCCACCGUCGACCGUGAGUUUGGCUUCAUUGGCAAGCACCUGUUCCACGGCAUCAUUGAGAAGCACGUCGUCCACCACCUCUUCCCCCGCAUUCCUUUCUACAAGGCCGAUGAGGCGACUGAGUCCAUCAAGCCUCUCCUCGGCGACCUCUACCACCGUGACGACCGUAGCUUCAUGGGCCAGCUCUGGUCCGUCUUUGGCUCCCUCAAGUAUGUCGAGCAGGACCCCAACUGCAAGGGUGCUAUGAGAUGGGCCAAAUAGACAUGGGUUGGCAUAGCUCUACGGUCUAAAGUUGCAUCUUGUCUUCCUGGACGGGAUAGGCAGAAAAAGAGAGAAGUGAGAGUCAUAGAAAUAGACUUUUUUUUUUUUAUAGACUCUAGAACAGAUUUUCAGAGUUUUGAUAGAGCGGAGCGCGCGCGCGGAGUUGCGGAGAGUAU